GCUCAAAUGAGGCCGCGUUGCUGAACUGAAUAUACACUCCCGGCAGACAGGGAAUUAUUAAAAAAAAAUCCCCUCUUCAAUUUUUCACGUUAUUAGAAGCAUCUUUAGUGUCUUACAAAAAUAUUUACAAUGGCACUGAGCUUCACCAGGCUUUUGUGUCGUCGAAAUUUGGAGUUUCGUCAAUUUCGUGGAUUAUACACUUCCUCCCCAUUGGCAGUAUCGAAAACUGCUGUGAUACGCGCUACAUGUUCGACUACUGUUGAAUCGCACGAUGAAAAAAAUAUGCGUCUUAAGCGGCCAAUGUCGCCACAUUUAACUAUUUACCAACCACAAUUGACAUCAAUGCUUUCUUUGACGCAUCGUACUACUGGAAUUAUAUUAGCAUCUUAUGCGAUGGCUCUUGGAUUUGGUACCUUGGUGGUUCCUGGUGGAAUUCCUUGUCUUAUUAAUAUAGUGGAACACUGGUGUCUUCCGUCAGCUGUUCUUAUUAUAGCAAAAGCACUUUUAGCCCUUCCUGUUACGUAUCAUUACGCCAAUGGACUUCGUCAUUUGGCUUGGGAUUUAGGCAAAUUUUUGUCACUCAAAGAAGUAUACUCGACUGGAUAUUUAGUUACUGGUUUGUCUGUUGGUGCAGCAUUGGCACUUGCAAUUCUGUAAAUUAGUUUAAAAAAAAAUAAAGGAAAUGAAAAAUAUUAAAUUAUCCUUUAGAAUACAAAAGGUAAAUAUAAAAUUUCUGUAUACCGUAUAAAAUAAAAGUUAUUUAUUAAAAAUUGUA